AGGGAGUGCAUUUCCAUCCACAUCGGGCAGGCUGGCGUGCAGAUGGGCAAUGCCUGCUGGGAGCUCUACUGCCUCGAACAUGGGAUCCAGGCGGAUGGGACCAUUCCUGGCCCCAAGCAAGUGAAAUCUUUGGAGCCGAAGUCUGAACAAGUGGAUUCUUCUUUUGAGACCUUCUUCUGUGAGACAGCAUCUGGGAAGCAUGUGCCCCGAGCCGUGUUCAUAGACUUGGAGCCCACUGUCAUUGAUGAGAUCAGGACUGGGACCUACCAUGCACUCUUCCACCCAGAGCAACUCAUCAGUGGCAAGGAAGAUGCUGCCAACAACUAUGCCCGUGGCCACUACACCAUCGGAAAGGAGAUUAUAGACACUGUCCUCAGCAGAAUUCGUAAAAUG